AGAACUUCAAAUGGGAAUACAAAUCUGCCCUUCCAUUCGCACCACCGGCGAAUUUGCGAAGCGAAAACGGUUGCGAGGGGGCCGGGCGGUGACCUGGUGUCCCCGGUGUCACCAACCGUGUCUCCGGCCCGCAAUCCCGUCCAGGCUCGCUCGCUCCUUCUCCCCCAAACAACCCCAUAACCCCGCCUCCGCCACGUGCUGCUGCCGGUCCUAACCACCCCCGCCUCUCUCUCUCUCUCUCAUACCUCCUCUCCCCCCCGUGGUUUUGGUUUCUUCGUCUCUCUCUGUCUCUCUCUAUUUGCCAUUGAUGUAAGCGUGCCGCCUCUCCGCCGCCCGCCGGCGCUUCUGUCACCGCUCGUGUUCUUGUUGUUGAUUCUAAUCUUUGAUUCGAAAGCUUCGUCAUGGAUCUUACCAACUUCGAAUCGAGCCUAUCCCUGGCGUUACACACCGAUCCUUCUCCUUCGUCGCAGCCCUCCUACCGUGCCCCGAUCGCGGACGACUCGGUGCACCUUCUGCGCGAUGCCUACCUCCGGGACUCGUUGCACAACCGGCCGAUCCCCUUGCAGCUCCUGGACCAGCUGGCAGAGACCGGCGGGUUCGGAUACGUGGACGUGGACACGAACCUCGGGGAGGAGUCUGACGAGGUGGAGCAGGAGGGGAAGGAAGUCAGGAUCUUGGGUUACUCGAUGUGCAUCAAGAGGCAGAGGAGAUGGGAGUCGCCCUCUUCUUGCUCGUCGUCGUCGGUGCUCCCCUCGAAGAGGACCAAGGUGGAACCUGAUCUCGAGUUACGGAGGGAAUACAUAUUGUCCUGGGGAAACCAGCCCUUAUCUGUUGCCGACCCCGAUAUCUUUGAGAUCAUGGAGAAGGAGCGGCGGCGGCAGGUGUUGGGGAUUGAGCUUGUUGCAUCUGAGAACUUUGUGUGCCAGGGUGUGCUCGACGCCCUUGGCAGCCAUUUGACAAACAAGUACUCUGAGGGGUUUCCAGGUGCUCGAUACUAUGGUGGGAACAAGUACAUAGAUCAGAUUGAAUGGCUAUGUCAUGACCGUGCCCUCAAAGCAUUCGAUCUCGAUCCUGGGUGCUGGGGUGUGAAUGUCCAGCCUUACUCUUGCACCUCAGCCAAUUUUGCGGUCUACACAGGACUAUUGCUCCCUAAGGAUCGAAUUAUGGGGUUGGAUUCACCUUCUGGUGGUCACGUCAGUCAUGGGUACAACAUUCCUGGUGGGAAGAAGAUAUCAGGGGCUUCAAUAUUCUUCGAGAGCUUGUCAUAUAAGGUGAAUCCACUCACAGGUUACAUUGACUAUGAUAAGCUUGAGGAAAAGGCGAUCGAUUAUCGCCCAAAGAUACUGAUCUGUGGGGGGAGCUCAUACCCACGAGAGUGGGAUUAUGCCCGAUUUAGGCUGAUUGCAGACAAGUGUGGAGCAAUUUUGAUGUGUGACAUGGCUCACAUUAGUGGUCUUGUGGCUGCCAAGGAAUGCCUUAGCCCCUUUGAUUAUUGUGAUAUUGUUACUUCAACAACUCACAAAAGCCUUCGAGGUCCUAGGGGUGGUAUAAUUUUCUUCAGGAAGGGAAAAAUACAAAAGAAACAAGGGGUUUGUCUUGGUCGAACAGAUGAUCAUGGUAGAUAUGAUUUUGAGGAGAGAAUAAACUUUGCUGUUUUCCCAUCGCUUCAAGGGGGUCCUCAUAAUAACCACAUAGCUGCUUUAGCAGUAGCUCUAAAGCAAGUAGCUACACCUGAAUACACAGCAUAUAUUCGACAGGUCAAGAGAAAUGCUCAAACAUUGGCAUCUGCUUUACUAAGAAGAAAUUGCAAGCUGGUUACUGGGGGCACAGACAACCAUUUGUUAGUUUGGGAUCUCAGAACUUUUGGAUUAACAGGUAAGAACUUUGAGAAGGUCUGCGAGGCAUGCCACAUUUCUCUGAAUAAGACCCCGAUAUUUGGUGAUAAUGGUACUAUCUCUCCGGGAGGUGUGAGGAUAGGUACUCCUGCUAUGACGACAAGAGGCUGUUUAGAAGGAGAUUUUGAAAUGAUUGCCGACAUUCUCCUACGGGCAGCACACGUAGCAAGUACCAUACAGAAAGAACAUGGAAAGAUACAGAAGGAGUUUCAGAAGGGCCUCGAGAGCAGUAGGGACGUUAUCGAGCUUCGCAACCAAGUCGAGUCCUUUGCCAUACAGUUUGCAAUGCCGGGAUGUGAUGUCUAAGAGAACUUGGUUUUACUGCCAUAACUUAUAUGGUAACCCUCUUCAAAUACUUCCCAUUUCCUUUGUUCACUUCCUUACUGUACAAAACAGGCCACCAUUUACAAUCCAGUUUGAUGAUAGAUGCAUAUUGUUUUGUGAAGUUCAAAAUCUUUCCAUCUCUA